GCAUCAAUUUACGUAUCUGACUCCAUGGCAACAUCCCAUUCUAUCGGUUACGUUCCAAAUCUGUUAGGUAUUAUUCCUUAUGCGGGUAUCGACUUAGCUAUUUAUGAAACACUGAAGAACUUCUAUGUUCGGAAUCACAAGGAUAGUGCAGAACCAGGUGUAUUAGCACUAUUGGCAUGUGGCACGUGCAGUUCAACUUGUGGUCAAUUAGCCAGUUAUCCUCUAGCACUUAUCAGGACACGAUUACAAGCGAGAGGU